UGAAAUGAAACCCUCCCCAGUCCGGUUUUAACACAGAGCUCAAAGCUAUGCCUUUGAAGUUCCCUCGCCGAAUACGAUUCAUCACUCAUUCUCUCCCGCGCACUACUAAUAAUCUCGCUUCCUUCAGUUCUGGUUCUCGAGCUUAUCAUUGUAACACUUCUAGCUCCUCCCCUUUGCUCUCCCGGAUAUUCUCGUUGAAUCACUUAGCAAUCGGGCCUCACAUCAACUUCUCCUCUCGUCCCAACGGAGGCGAACCCCGCGCGUCGAGGAGCCUGAUCGAAGACGAGGAAGAGCUCAGCAACUGGGUAAGCGAUCUGAGACCUGGUUCAUUGCGUGUCCACCUCACAAGCGACGAUGAUGAUGAUGACGUGGAUCGUAGCAGGGGGAGAAACCAAGGAUUUAGAGGGACUCGCAACAAAGUUGACUCCUUUAGGGAGAAUCUGUUUAGUGACAGAGAUAAAGGAUCGAACUUUCGGAGUAGUCAAUCCUCUUUUCGUGGGAGGAAGGAGAGAAGUUUAGGUAGAGAUAGAGAAGGAUACAAGGGUUUAAGGAAGCAGCGGCGGGGAGAUGUUCUAGAUGGAGAGAGUAGUGAUGAGGAUGUUAAGAGUUUAGUUAUGGGAGGUAUUGGGGAUUUGCUUAGUGAAGAGGACGAGGAAGAAGAUGAAGAUCACGAGUUUCUUAAGAAGAAAGCUGCUUCUGCUUUUGGUUUUGAUAAGGAGAAGGGUGUAGAAGCAAGGAAUGAUGUUAAAAGCUCAGAUUCUUAUUUGACCAAGACAAGAUUCGAUCACUAUCCUUUGUCUCCCUUAUCGCUGAAAUCACUUAACGAUGCGGGAUACGAGACAAUGACUGUUGUGCAGGAAGCUACUCUCCCUAUCAUUCUCAAAGGUAAAGAUGUUCUAGCUAAGGCCAAAACAGGAACUGGGAAAACUGUAGCGUUUUUGCUUCCAUCAAUCGAAGUAGUUGUCAAAUCUCCUCCGACAAGCCCGGAUAAUAAGCGACCUCCGAUCCUUGCACUUGUGAUAUGCCCAACUAGAGAACUUGCCAAUCAAGCUGCUACAGAAGCAAACACCUUGCUGAAGCACCAUCCAACUAUUGGUGUUCAAGUUGUGAUUGGAGGCACAAGGCUUGGUUUAGAGCAAAAGCGUAUGCAAACAAAUCCUUGCCAGAUAUUGGUUGCUACACCUGGAAGGCUCAAAGACCAUAUUGAGAACACUCCAGGAUUUGAAACAAGGCUAAAGGGUGUGAAAGUUCUUGUGCUUGAUGAAGCUGAUCAUCUUCUGGACAUGGGUUUCCGCAAGGACAUUGAGAGGAUACUUUCCGCAGUUCCUAAGGAGAGACAAACUUUUCUAUUCUCUGCCACAGUACCUGAAGAGGUUCGCCAAAUGUGCCUUGUUGCUCUGAGGCGGGAUCACGAGUUUAUCAAUUGUGUUCACGAAGGCACUGGAGAGACACAUCAACAGGUCAGACAAACGCACAUGAUUGCUUCACUGGACAAGCAUUUCUCUCUUCUGUACACACUUCUUCGAGCACACAUUGCGGAUAACGUAGAUUAUAAGGUCAUUGUCUUCUGUACAACUGCUAUGGUUACAAAAUUAGUGGCUGAUCUACUUGGUGAGCUAAACUUAAACGUGAGAGAGAUCCAUUCUAGAAAACCGCAGAGUUACAGGACAAGGGUUUCUAAUGAGUUCCGCAAAUCCAAAGGUUUGAUUCUUGUAACAUCUGAUGUGUCAGCUCGAGGAGUUGAUUACCCUGAUGUGACUCUCGUUUUACAGGUGGGAUUGCCAAAAGACAGAGAACAAUAUAUACACAGACUCGGUAGAACAGGGAGAAAAGGGAAGGAAGGAGAAGGCAUACUGUUGUUGGCACCAUGGGAGGAAUACUUCCUAUCAUCCCUUAAAGACUUACCCAUCACUAAGUCUUCUCUGCCAUCUACAGACCCAGAAACCGUAAAAAAGGUGCAAAAAGCGCUAUGCCAUGUAGAGAUGAGGAACAAGGAGGCGGCUUAUCAGGCUUGGUUGGGGUACUACAACUCACAGAAGAUGAUAGGAAGAGACAAAGAGAGGCUUGUGGAGUUGGCUAACGAGUUUAGUCGAAGUAUGGGACUUGACAAUCCUCCGGCUAUACCUAAACUGAUUCUUGGUAAGAUGGGUCUCAAAAAUGUUCCUGGUCUUAGAGCCAAAUAGAUAUAUUUUCUUUUAAGCAAAAUUGAUUGGUCAUCUUAAUAAAAUAUAUUACUUUC